UGGCCAGGAUGUGGCUUCAGUUUCAUGGAGAUGUCUCGGCUGAAGAGGGCUUUUCGCAAGACGCUCGUCGAGUUCUUCAAGAAGACGAGCCUGAACGGCUUCGGCUUGCUCUACUUUAUUCGCCGGCGGCCGUAUCAGCGGCUCUUCUGGUUUCUCUUCAUAGCCACGGGCAUUGCGUCGGCCACAUUUGUGGUCUGUACGACGCUGCUGCAGUUCCUGGCCAGGCCCACAGUCAUUUCCUUGUCCGAGGCGAGCUUCGAGUCGGCGGAGUCGUUGCCGUUUCCUGCUCUAAGCAUUUGCAGUGCGAACAAGCUGAGUCGGCAGCGCCUGGAGGCAUUCGCCGAGCAGCUGGCCUUGACUAGCGGAAAGUCUAAGGCGGAUUGGCUUAAACAGCUGCAGCUGCUCGCCGGCUACUUUUAUCCUUUGGCCGUUUCAGCUACGGCAGCGGCUGAGCUGCAGGCCUCCCUGGCAGCUCGCUGGCCUCUGGAUGUGCGCUCGCAGCUGCUGCACCUGUCGCCCAGCUGUGAGAGCUUGCUGCUCAGCUGCCACGUGGAUGGAGUUGCCAGCAAUUGCUCCGAGCUCUUUCGGCUGACGCCCAGCCUCGAGGGCUGCUGCUGUCUCCUGCAGCGCACCGACCGCAUCUCAGCUGCGCUGACACUGCGUUUGAAUGCCUCCCACGCAGAUGACUUCCAUAUGCCGCGUCCUGGCUUCAGCUCUGCCUUCAGCCUGCAUCUGCCGGGCUGGCGGGGCCGAGCCACGCUCGCACCUGGCGAGGCCUCCGCGCUGCAUUUGCGUCCGCUCCACUUGAAAGCCGAUGCCCAGCUACGUGACUAUCCCUUGGCCCAGCGCGGCUGUCAUUUUCCCGACGAGGCUGAGCACCUGGUGCAGUGCUUGCCCCAGUGCCGCCUACGCAGCACCGUUGCUGCCUGCAACUGCUCGCCGUUUGUCUACGACCUGGCCUCGGCCGCUGGUCAGCUGGAGAACGUGAGCUACUGUAAUUUGGCACAGACGGCAUGCCUGCAGUCGGUGGAGGGUAAGCAGUCAUAAAGGGUCUCAUAACAGAGAGCUAACAUUAUGCUAGCAGACCGGGUUUAUGGUCAAUAAGAGAGGUUUUAUUAUGGCAAUGAGCGAAAGUCUUUAAAUGUGGGCAUUGUAGUUGGCCAUGUGUGGAGUUGUUAGUGAGGCAGAGGCUGACGUUGGCUGAGGAAUAGUUCUUAAUUAGGUAUGUAGAGAGAGACUAGUUAGCAGUUGAGCCUAACUACAGCUAUUUCCAUUCGUCUGUUGGCCACAAACAGCUUAGAUAGUAGCUGGCAUAUGGCGCUCUA